AAAUUCACAAAUUCAUGAUCACUUUCUUUUCUUUCUUUUUUCUUUUUAAAAAAAAAUACAAAUUAAAAUUCGAAGCCUUUUUAAGGAGCCAUGCUGGUCCUUCUCCAACUUGGUUUCAGACACUGCAAACUUAAGUCCUCUGAAACAAUCUUGCUCUCCCUCUCUUUUUAUUCAUACAAAUUCAAUAACAUACAUAGUUUGUCUAUUAUAUAUAUAUAUAUAUAUACGUAUGUAGGAACCAAUAUUCAGAUUAUAAAUUUGAGAGCAACAAAGCUUGAAAGCCACCAGAAGGUAGUGGCAGAGAGAUGGCAGGAAACGAUUGGUUAAAUGGUUACUUGGAAGCAAUUUUGGACGUUGGAAAUAGCAUGAAGGAAAAGAAUGAUGGGAAGCCCAAAAUUGCAAAGUUUGAAGAGAAAGCGAAGGAGAAAUUGUUUAGCCCCACCAAGUACUUUGUGGAGGAAGUAGUCAAUAGCUUUGAUGAGUCUGACCUCCACAGAACUUGGAUAAAGGUAAUAGCUACCAGAAAUACCCGUGAGCGCAGCAAUAGGCUGGAGAAUAUGUGCUGGCGCAUUUGGCAUCUCGCCCGUAAAAAGAAACAGAUAGCAUGGGAUGAUGCACAAAAGCUUGCAAAGCGGCGUAUUGAACGGGAACAAGGCCGUAACGAUGCGGCGGACGACCUGUCCGAGCUGUCGGAGGGAGAAAAAGAGAAAGGCGAUGGCAGUGUUUUAGAAUCCACAAAAGAUCAUCAUAGCUUUUCAAGAAUCAACUCUGAUAUGCAGAUGUGGUCUGAGCAGGACAACAAGUCUAAGCACCUUUACAUUGUCCUAAUCAGUUUGCAUGGGUUGGUUCGUGGUGACAAUAUGGAGCUAGGAAGAGAUUCCGAUACAGGUGGACAGGUGAAGUACGUGGUUGAACUUGCACGUGCUUUGGCCAACACAAAGGGAGUAUAUAGGGUGGACCUACUAACCAGACAAAUCAGCUCACCGGAGGUCGACUGUAGCUACGGUGAACCCAUUGAGAUGUUGACGUGUCCACCUGAUGGCAUAGGCAGUUGUGGGGCCUACAUCAUCCGACUACCCUGUGGGCCCCGCGAUAAGUACGUACCGAAGGAGUCACUGUGGCCUCACAUACCAGAGUUCGUGGAUGGCGCUCUAGGCCAUGUGGUGAACAUGGCUAGAGCACUUGGUGAGCAAGUGAAUGGUGGGAGACCAACAUGGCCUUAUGUCAUCCAUGGCCACUACGCCGAUGCUGGAGAGGUUGCCGCACACUUAUCCGGUGCCUUGAAUGUCCCAAUGGUCCUCACUGGCCAUUCUUUGGGCCGUAACAAAUUCGAGCAGUUGCUCAAACAGGGCAGGCUCUCUAGGGAGGACAUCAAUGCCACCUACAAAAUUAUGAGGAGGAUUGAAGGUGAGGAACUGGGUCUGGAUGCUUCUGAAAUGGUGGUCACCAGCACUCGCCAAGAGAUCGAAGAGCAAUGGGGUUUGUAUGAUGGGUUCGAUCUCAAGUUGGAGAGGAAGCUCAGGGUUAGAAGACGCAGAGGGGUCAGUUGUCUUGGACGAUACAUGACCAGGAUGGUGGUGAUACCUCCAGGGAUGGACUUUAGCUAUGUUACAACCCAAGAUACAAUCGAAGGAGAUGGGGAUCUGAAAUCAUUGAUUGGCUCUGACAGAUCUCAAAACAAAAGGCAUCUUCCUCCCAUAUGGUCUGAGAUAAUGCGAUUUUUUACUAAUCCUCACAAGCCCACCAUUCUUGCAUUGUCCCGUCCUGAUCCAAAGAAAAACGUUACCACAUUGCUCAAGGCCUUUGGGGAGUGCCAAGCCCUUCGGGAGCUUGCCAACUUGACAUUGAUACUUGGUAAUAGGGAUGACAUUGAAGAAAUGUCAAAUAGCAGCUCCGUCGUCCUUACGACUGUUUUGAAGCUCAUCGAUAGAUAUGAUUUGUACGGUCAAGUUGCGUAUCCCAAGCAUCACAAGCAAUCUGAAGUACCUGACAUUUACCGUCUUGCUGCCAAGACCAAGGGAGUUUUCAUCAACCCAGCUCUCGUGGAACCUUUUGGUCUCACAAUUAUAGAGGCAGCUGCUUAUGGUUUGCCUGUGGUUGCCACAAAAAAUGGAGGGCCUGUGGAUAUUCUUAAGGCACUGAACAAUGGCCUCCUCAUCGACCCGCAUGACCAGAAAGCCAUAGAAGAUGCACUUCUAAAGCUUGUUGCGGAUAAAAACCUGUGGUUUGAAUGCCGAAAGAAUGGCCUAAAGAACAUCCAUCGUUUCUCAUGGACAGAGCAUUGCAAGAACUACCUCUCCCAUGUCGAACACUGCCGAAACCGCCAUCCCACCACCCGUCUCGAGAUCAUGCCAAUUCCUGAAGAACCAUUGAGUGACUCUUUGAAGGAUGUAGAAGACCUUUCUUUAAGGUUCUCGGUGGAUGGAGAUGUCAAGUCUAAUGCUGGAGAGCUUGAUGCUGCAACCAGGCAGAGAGAACUUAUUGAAGCCAUAACCAGAAAGGCUUCGUCUAAUGGCAAUGCUGCUGCGAAUUACUUUCCUGGUAGAAGGCAGAGGUUAUUUGUUAUAGCCACGGAUUGCUAUGACAGCAACGGAGAUUUUACUGAAACCUUCAAGGCAAUUAUAACGAAUGUAAUGAAAGCGGCCAGCUUGGCAUUAGGUGUUGGCCGUGUAGGCUUUGUGCUGUUAACUGGUUCAAGUUUGCAAGAGACCGUGGAAGCAUUAAAACGCUAUCAAGUAAACAUAGAAGACCUCGAUGCUUUGGCAUGCAGAAGUGGAAGCGAAAUUUAUUAUCCGUGGAGGGAUUUGGUACUUGAUGCAGACUAUGAAUCACACAUCGAAUACAGAUGGCCAGGUGAGAAUGUGAGGUCCAUGGUGACAAGGCUUGCCAGGGCAGAAGGUGCAGCCGAGGAUGACAUUGAGGAGUUUGGAGCAAGCAGUACAAGGUGCUACUCUUAUACUGUGAAACCUGGUGCCAAGGCUCGAAGGAAAGAUGACCUCCGCCAAAGGCUGCGGAUGAGAGGCUUCCGAUGCAACCUUGUUUACACCCAUGCAGCAUCAAGGUUAAAUGUUGUUCCACUAUUUGCAUCGAGAGUACAAGCGCUCAGGUAUCUUUCUGUGAGGUGGGGAAUUGACCUCUCCAAAAUGGUUGUGUUUGUGGGGGAAAGAGGUGAUACAGAUAAUGAAGACCUGCAGGCUGGCCUCCACAAGACCCUAAUCUUAAGAGGCUCUGUUGAGUAUGGUAGUGAGAAGCUACUUCGCAGCAAGGACGGUUUCAAAAGAGAAGAUGUGUUCCCACAAGAUAGCCCUAACAUUGCCUCAGUACAUGGCUAUGAAGCCCAUGAUAUCUCAGCUGCCCUAGAAGCUGUUGAGAUGAAGUCCUAAUUUUCCUCCUAUUCCUCUCUUUUAUUUCAUUUUAUAUAGUUAUAGGCAUAUAAUCCCGACAACUCAUAAGCAAUAUGGAAAUACCAUACAUAAUGGAACAUACAUAUCAGCAUUUUGUUAGUAAUUUCAAUUUGUGCAAGAAUAUACAUCUAAACUUGUAAAAAUUUCACUUUGUCCAAAUGACAUCAGAUUUGACCUAUAUAAUUCAAUGAGAAAUCCAGUAGCAGAAAUGCUAUAUACUAGACUUUGAAGCACA